AUGUCACUGCGCUGCCUGCUUAAAAGACGACUCUUGACAUGCCAACACUAUCGCCACUAUACCACUGAAUUCCGCCCUCGUCUUGACUAUGCACGCAUUGCCAACCAUGCAUCGUCGGUCCAAGAGAACAUGCUGAGUCGAAAGCACUGCCCUGUCGAUGCACACCACAUCAAGUCUUUGUACGAACGUCGACUCGCUGUUUACAACACACUCACCGAUUUACGAGCAACACGCAAUCAACUUUCCAAGCAAGCCAAGCGUGCCUCCGCCAACAAGGAUACCAAUGUGAUAGAGGCUGCCAAACGUGUCAAGCAAGAUAUCAAACAAAACGAAGCACAGCUAGCAGAGCUAGAAGAGGAACUACUUGCGUUGGCACUACAAGUCCCUAAUGAUACGCAUCGAGAUGUGCCUUCAGAUACCCCACGCGUACUCAAGGUUGUUGGCAAACCUCGUGAAGAAGACAAGUUGCAAGAUCACGUGACAAUUGCACAACGACUUGAAUUGAUUGAUUUCGAGCAAGCGGCCAUUGCGAGUGGAUCUAGUUUUUAUUAUCUACAAGGCUAUGGUGCCUUUCUUGAAGCAGCACUUAUUCAAUACGCAAUGCACAAAGCAGCCGAACGUGGAUACUUGGCAGUGAUGACGCCUGAUAUUGUACGCAAUGGAAUAUUGGAAGGAUGCGGAUUUCAACCACGCAGCGACGAGAGUUCACAGAUUUAUCGUGUUCGAGGAGGAGAGGAUCAUGAACAACUAUGUUUGGCUGGCACAGCUGAAAUUCCUUUGGCUGGAAAGUUUGCGGGUCGACUUGUUGAUGAAGCUACUUUACCACAGCGCUUGGUGGGAUUUGGACAUGCAUUUCGAGCUGAAGCAGGAGGUCGUGGCACUGAGACCAAGGGAUUAUAUCGAGUACAUCAAUUCUCCAAGGUGGAACUUUUUGCUGUAACCACUCCGGAUCAAAGCGAAGCCAUGAUUGAUGAGUUUAAGGAAUUGCAAGAGGAAAUGUAUACCGAGCUAGGCUUGUGCUUCAGAAUAUUGGAUAUGCCUCCUGAUGAAUUGGGUGCGAGUGCUUAUCGAAAAUACGACAUGGAAGCAUGGAUGCCUGGACGAAGAAAAUGGGGAGAGAUCUCAUCCACGUCCAAUUGCACGGAUUAUCAAUCACGACGACUCAACAUUCGAUAUCGACCCACACAUCAUAAUGGAAAGAACACAUUAUUUUGUCACACAGUCAACGGUACCGCCAUUGCAGUCCCCCGCAUCAUCAUUGCUAUUCUCGAAACAUUUCAAAAGAGUGAUGGUUCUGUGGAAAUCCCUUCUGUAUUACGACCAUGGUUACCAGGCCAACCCAAAAGUUUAGAAUGA